GUAUUAAAAAUACAUUUCCUAUUUUUUAAAUUCGUCGAUAUACUUUUUGUAUGUACAUUGUAUUGUAUGUACAUUGUAUUGUAUCAGGGUAUUUUCUAAAGGAACCCACCAAUGUGGAAGCAGCUGUGCACGGUCGAUGUUGUUCGUUUCUCCUUGUCCUCGCACUGACUGCACCUUCUUACCACCCCAACCAUCUCAGCUGCACUGCACAUGCACAGAUCGAUCCAGUAUAUACCGCGUGCGCGCCACUGAACCAACGAGCUUCCCACAGCUCACUGUCGCCGGCGCCACCAUUGACCUUGACUCCACCAAACUCCAGAACCCCUAGGAAGAUAUUUGCCUUGCUCUGGUUCAGGCUCAGGCCGAGAGCCAGUCAGCCAGAGACCACACAGAGCGAGCGGCCGAGCGAGCAAGCACAGCGGGGAGAGCGAUGGCGGAGACGGCGAUCACGACGGUGCUGGCGAAGGUGGCGGAGCUGGUGGCGUGGGAGGCGGCGGUGCUGCUGGAGGUGGGCGACGACGUGCGCCUGCUCCGCGACAAGCUCGAGUGGCUGCACACCUUCAUCCGCGACGCCGACCGCAGGCGCCGCCUCCGCGACGACGAGUUCGUCGCCGUCUGGGUGCGCCAGACCCGCGACGUCGCCUUCGAGGCCGAGGACGCGCUGGACGACUUCCUCCACCGCGCCGGGCGACGCCGGAGGCGCCGCGGCCCGGCCCCGCCGCUCCCCGGCACGGGGGCGCGCUGCUCCGGGUGGCGCUGGAGCUGGCGCCGCUGGCGGCCGCGCUGCGCGGGGCUGCAGGUCGCGCUCCGCCACGACCUCUCGGCGCGCGUCCGCCAGAUCAGGAAGCGGCUCGACGAGAUCUCCGCCAACCGCGCCGCCUACCACAUCGAGCACGCGCCCUCGCCCGCCUGGGCCGCCUCCUCCGCCACCACCCUCGCCGCCUGGGACGAUCUGGAAGAGUACACUGUCGGCUUCGGCAAGUACAGCGACAUGCUCAAGGAGCAGCUCCUCGACGUCGACACCGUCCCCGGCCGCGCCCUCGUCUCCAUCGUCGGCGAGAGCAGCAUCGGCAAGACCACGCUCGCGCGCAAGGUCUACCAGAGCCCGGAGGUCCGCAACCACUUCGCCAUACGCACCUGGACCGUACUCCCUCCCAACAGCCGCCCGGCCGACGUGCUCCGCGACAUCCACCGGCAGGCCACCUCCCAGCUCCGCCGCUCCCCGUCCAACGGCCAGAACGCGGAGGACGGCGGCUGCGACGCCAAGGGCGGCAAGGACAUCAGCAACUCGCUGUUCCGGAACAUGACCGGCAGGCGGUACCUCGUCGUCGUGGACGGCAGCAUCGCGGUGGCCGACUGGAACAGCCUCCGUGCGUCGCUCCCCGACGAGGGCAACGGCAGCAGGGUGGUGCUGGUCACCGACGCGGCGGGGCUGGAGGUGGUGGGCUACGCCGGCGGGCCGACGUACGACCCCAUCGAGCUCACGCGGCUUAGCCCGGAGAACACGUACGAGCUGUUCCGGCGCCGGGUGUUCGGCCUCCGCGGCGACUGCCCCGGCCGGUACAAGUCGAGGUACUACCAGGACGUGUUCCGGAUCACCCGCGGCCUGCCGCUCUCCGUCGUCGUCCUCGCCGGCGUGCUCCGGUCCAAGGAGCUGCCUGCAGAGUGGGACCAGGUGAUGGCGCAGCUGCUGGCGGCCAAGGACCAGCCGCAGCAUUGCAAGAGCGGGAGCGGCGGUGCCCGGCGGAUCAUGUCGCUGGCGUUCGACGACCUGCCGCACCACCUCAAGUCGUGCUUCCUCUACUUCGCGGCGAUGCCGGAGAGUGCCCCCGUGGACGCGGCGAGGCUGGUGCGGCUGUGGGUGGCCGAGGGGUUCGUGCGGCCGCGGCGCGGGAGCACCAUGGAGGAGGUCGGGCAGGGUUACCUCAAGGAGCUCAUCUCCCGGUGCAUGGUGCAGCUGGUGGACAAGGACGAGUUCGGCACCGUGACGGCUGUGGUGGUGCACGACCGCCUCCACGCCUUCGCGCAGGAAGAGGCUCAGGACGCGUGCUUCGUCGAGAGCCACGACAGCACCGACGUGCUCGCCCCGGCCACCGUGCGCCGCCUCGCCGUCCAGAACACCACGGACAGGCACGUCCACCUCGGCAACGCGCUGCCCAAGCUCCGUACCAUCGUGUGCGACUUCGCCAACGGCGGUGCCGCGAAGCCCAGCGUCUGCAUCCACUCCACCGACCUGGGCUUCCUCCACGCGUCCAAGUUCCUCCGCGUCAUCGACAUCCAUGGCCUCGAGCUCAAGAAGCUUCCGGACGAGCUCGGCUCGAUGAUCCACAUAAGGUACCUGGGCCUCCAGUGCGGGCAGCUGGAGAGACUGCCGAGCACGAUCAGCAAGCUGGUGAACCUGCAGUCGCUGAUCCUCAAGGGCCGGAGCGGCGGCGUGCUGGGCGUGACCGCCGCGUUCUGGACGAUCCCGACGCUGCGGCACGUGGUGGCGCCGUUCGCGCUGCCCAGGUGCCUGGGCGACCUGUACAGCCUCCAGACGCUCCACGGCGUGCAGCCGCGCGGCUGGGACACGCGCGCCGUCGCCGGCAACCCGCUGGGGAGGGCCACCAACCUCCGGUCGCUGGAGCUGAGCGGGCUGACGGCCGCGAACGCCGGCGCGCUGGUGACGGCGCUGGAGAGCCUGGACCUGCUGGUGCACCUGGUGCUGCAGGGCGAGUCGCUGCCGCCGGCCGUGUUCACCGUGGCGAGCCUGCGGCGGCUGCAGAGCCUGAGGCUGGUGGGGGCCAUGGAGGAGGAGGAGGAGGACGCCGGCGACGAGGUGGCGGUCCGGUACAUCCGGCCGAACCUGACGCGGCUGUCGAUGUGGGGCACGAUGGUGGGGCAGGGGUUCGUGGACAUGCUGGGGGAGCUGCCGAGCCUGGCGGAGCUGACGCUGAUGUGGGGCGCGUACGAGGGCGAGCGGCUGGAGUUCGGCGACGGCGCGUUCCGGAGCCUGCAGAAGCUCAGGCUGGGGCUGCCGGACCUGGAGGAGUGGGCGGUGAGCGCGGGGUCGAUGGCGGCGCUGGCCCGGCUGACGCUGCUGCGGUGCGCCAAGAUGGAGAUGCUCCCGGAGGCGCUGGGCGGGAUGAAGGAGCUGGAGGAGGUGGUGCUGUACAGCAUGCCCAAGAUGGUGGGGAGGAUCAAGGAGGACGGCGGCCUGGACCACCACAAGAUCAAGCAUGUCCCCGUCAUCCAGACCAUCUGGUAGAUUUGACCGGCGUUCGUCUGUGUCAUCGGGUCAAGGAAGGAGAAGGGGGGCAUUCUUGUCGUUCUAGUGUUGUUGCCAUGAGCGCCUUCUUCUGUAUCGUCGAACCAAGCACGUUGUGUGUUCUGUGCCUGUCUCUGCUGUUCUUGACAGGAACGUGAAAGCCUCUGCAGUUUUAAAA